AUGAAUGACAAGAUGUUCUCCCGUUUGGCGGGCACCUUCUCUAUCCUCAACACCAUCCAGUUCCUCAUCUUAGACUUGAACGAGGUUGUGUUCCUUGGCUACGAGGACAAGUUUGACAUCUACAUGGACAUAAAGUAUGGGAUAGCCUCCUGGAUCUUGACCAACAAAAAGAACAUCAGCAUUAGCCUAUCCACCAUCACCAUCAUCGUCAGCUCCUUGCUCCUGUACUGCAUCCACGUGAACAAAUACAUGGGAUUGCUGUGUUAUGCCAUAUGGAUUGCCACCUAUGAGCUCACCAGCUUCUCCAUGGUCCUGCUCACCAAUGGGAUCAUCAAAGAGCAGUUCAAGGAGCUGGGUUACCUGCACUUGAUCUUCCAAAUCUCCCGUAUGUUCCUGCACUUCUCCUGUCUGCCCUUUAUCAUCAAGUAUACAUACACCCUUUAUAAGGACCCCAAGACUUUAAGCAAGAUAAGCCGCCGCAGGCACUCGUCCAUCAGUACAGUCGACUCGUGGCCAUCUGUUGGGCCAGGGAUGAUGUACCGCAAGAUAAACUGA